GUGAUGUAACUUGUUGUACCCAUGUGCUAAGUUAAGAAGUCUCAAUAUAAGAACAUUAAGUUCUCAUUUCUCUUCUCAAGCUCAGGUCAGCCAGCGAGCGCCCUCUAGCGUUUGAGAACUGGAAGACAGUGCAGUGUGCUAGAGGAUGCCUGGCCUCAGCUGUAGGUUCUACCAGCACAAAUUUCCAGAAGUGGAGGAUGUGGUGAUGGUCAAUGUGCGCUCCAUUGCUGAGAUGGGAGCAUAUGUGAGCCUCCUGGAAUACAACAACAUCGAAGGCAUGAUUCUGCUGAGUGAACUUUCCAGACGACGUAUUCGCUCCAUCAACAAACUUAUCCGUAUAGGCCGCAACGAGUGUGUUGUGGUCAUUCGUGUGGACAAGGAGAAAGGCUACAUUGAUUUAUCCAAAAGAAGAGUGUCACCAGAAGAAGCUAUAAAGUGUGAGGACAAGUUCACUAAAUCUAAGACUGUGUACAGCAUUUUGAGGCACGUGGCUGAGGUACUAGAGUAUACCAAAGACGAGCAGCUGGAGAGUUUGUAUCAACGUACAGCCUGGGUAUUUGAUGAGAAGUACAAGCGACCUGGAUAUGGAGCUUAUGAUGUGUUCAAGCAAGCUGUGGCGGACCCAUUUAUUCUAGAUAGUCUAGAUUUAACUGAGGAGGAAAGGACUGUUUUAAUUGACAACAUCAACAGACGACUCACUCCACAAGCAGUCAAAAUCAGAGCAGACAUUGAGGUUGCUUGUUAUGGGUAUGAGGGUAUUGACGCUGUUAAAGAUGCAUUGCGGGAGGGUUUGAACUGUUCAACAGAGGCAAUGCCUAUCAAAAUCAACCUGAUUGCCCCCCCUCGCUAUGUAAUGACCACAACCACGCUGGAGCGCACAGAAGGCCUUUCUGUGCUCAAUCAGGCCAUGGCUUCCAUUAAGGAGAAGAUUGAGGAGAAAAGAGGAGUCUUUAACAUUCAAAUGGAGCCUAAGGUCGUGACGGACACAGAUGAGACUGAGCUGGCCCGGCAACUGGAGAGGUUGGAGAGGGAGAAUGCAGAAGUGGACGGGGACGAUGAUGCAGAGGAGAUGGAGGCUAAGGCUGAGGAUUAGCCUGGCAAGAGAAAGCAUUCAAAACACAAGCUUGCCAGGAUUUUUUUGUAGAACUGAACAGUAAUACCACAAAGACUGAGAAAUAAGGCCUGAUAGAAGUGGAGGAAAUGGACAUGUUUCAGGGGGAAUUUGAUGGCAGUUUUGAUUCUGUCUACAGCAAUAGCAGGCUUUGGACCAACUAGUGACUUCUGCGCUCAGAAAAAUACAUACCCCAAACAAUCAUCUCUUUCUUUUCUUCAUAUUAAAUGGAGAAAGAUAUUCAUGGAUAUUUGCCAAUGUGUUUUUGUUCUUUUUUUUCCCAAAUAAGCAAUUGGCAUGCAUUUAUAAUAUGAAGAGCAUUUUAACAAGUGUAAAAACAAUCCUCCGUAACUCUGAGAGACUCCUGAGAAAAGACAACCCACUUUGAAAAAUUGGAAUAUAAAAAGGCCACUUAGUUAUUUUUUGCCAAAACAAACAUUCUGUUUAGGUGUCUGACUUAAUUUAGACAUACAGUUGUGCUCAAAAUUAUUCAUCACCCACUGAGUGGUAGUGAUUUACAUGUUUUUCUGAACUUUUAUGAAGAACCAGAAAAUUAUUAAAUGACCUGUGUAUUAGUUGAGAUAUAUAUAGAAAUUGAUAUAAAAAACUGUGAUGUCAAAGUUUUGAUACUUUCCUGAAAAAAAAAAAUCCUUUCUAUAAACAGCCAUGUCAUAAUUCAA